AUGGUUGGUGGUCGUUUUCGUUGCCUAAGCUGUUCCUUGUACUCACUCCACAUCGGGCUGCUUCUAGGGGUUUGCUUUCACAAUGCGGAGGCUUCUGGUGGAAAUCGGGUCAUUAGUAAAAAUGUUGGAGACUCUGUGGAGCUUUCACCAAAUGUAUCAACUGAAUGGAUCACUGAUGCAACAUGGAAAUAUAAAAACUCUACCAUUGCACUCAAAGAUACAGGAAUUACUAAAGACAAUCAUUUUCAAGGCCGAGUAGAGUUCAACAAUAUCACCCUCAGUUUAACUCUGAGAAAACUGACUCUUCAAGAUUCUGGUGAUUUUCUGUUUCAAUCAGAAGUCAAAGACGCACAAAGACCAACAGUCACAAUUACACUGCAAGUUCAUGAGGCCAUCAGAACAAAGCCCAUCCUGACUCACAAAAUCCUUCCCUCUGCUGUGAAUGGAUCCUGUGAUGUUUUUCUGGAGUGCACUGGACCAUCUGACAUCAGUGUGAACUACAGCUGGGCUGUGGGGAACCACACCCAUAGACUCCCCAGUCUGCAGCACACCAUCAGACCUGAGGAUGGAGCCACCACCUUCACCUGCACGGUGUCUAAUGCUGUUAGUCACAUGUCAGAGUCCACAACAGUGAUGUGCAGCAACCAACCGUCUGAUAAAAGUAUGUUUAGAAAAGUGAUACUUGAAGACAAACAGUUUGUGGGGAUCCUUGCUGCAGCUGGAGGUUUGCUGAUUCUGCUCAUAAUUAUUGUAACAACAUCUGUCUGUCUCUGCAAACGAAGGCGGGCAGGCAGUGACUCAAAUGAACUCACAGUUUAUGCAGACAUCUCAGAGUAUGCAGUGGAACAGGGAACUUCAGAUAACUUGAAACCCUGCUCCUUGUAUGACGUGAUUCAAAACAGAACACAAGCUGCAGUCCCACAGGGGCAUCUGACAGUGUACGACAAGAUCCAGCUCAACCGUAUGAGGGUGACAUCAGUGUCUCAGUAUCAGGAGGUUUCCUAG